CCCACGCACACAGUGAGUGGUGGGUAAGUCGCGAGGCUUUGGGUCGCGACGUCCUUUCAUUUGGCCCCACCUCGCUCGCUCGCUACAGACCGGGAAGGACAGAGACUCACAAGAGGAGACUCAACCCAGAGCCGCGCGGUGGCUCAGAGAGCCAUGGCGAGUCUGGGCCCUCAAGACGAGGGCUGGAUCGGGAGGAACAUUCGGAUCCCCGUGUGCAGCGCGUACGUUGCUGACAUCGAGCUGGCACACAAUGGGCGGGCGACAUGUCAGUGCGGCUCCUCCAUGGCUCUGCACACUCACUUGGCGCAGCAGAACAACACUCACCCCGACGACACCGUGUGGAAUCCCGACCUGCACACCAGCGACGAGCCCACGGACGCCUACGGCGACUUCAUCUGCCAGGGUCUGGGCAAGUCCCAGCGCAAGUACACACGGGUGUCAUACAAGACGAGCGCGGACCUGCUGUACAACGUGCUCACGCGCAUCUGGGGGCUGCGCACGCCCAACCUGGUGAUGUCCGUCGUGGGCGGGGAGUCCAACUUCCAGCUGAAGCCGUGGGUGCGUGAUGUCCUGCGCACGGGCCUCAUGCGCGCUGUGCAGAGCACAGGCGCGUGGCUCAUCACGGGCGGCCUGCACACGGGCGUGAUGCGCCACAUCGGCGAGGCGGUGAGCGAGCACUCGAUGGCUCGCACGCCCGCUGAGCACAAGGUGGUGGCCAUCGGCAUCGUGCCGUGGGGGCAGCUCGCUGGGCGCAAGGCGCUGCUCAACAAGCGGGGUCUCCGGAAGGAGUACACGGUGCCAGGCUGGGAGCGGCCUCUGCUGCCGCUGGACAAGAACCACUCGCACUUCCUGCUCGUGGACGACGGCAGCACGGGCAAGCGGUCGACGCGCGUGCACACGCUGCGCGUGCACCUUGAGCGGUUCAUCGCCAAGCAGAAGACGAUGCACGGUGGGACGGGCUGCAUCGAGAUCCCGGUGCUCUACGUGCUGAUCGGCGGCGAGCUGGAGGUGCUCAAGACGGUGCAGGACGCGGUGGUGAACGGGACGCCCUGCCUCGUGCUGGGCGGCUCCGGUGGCAUCGCCGACAUCAUCACGGCGGUGGUGUCCGUGUCCCCCGAUGAGAUCACCGCCGAGAUGGUGGCCACCCACCACCACGCGGCCUUCCCCAACGAGGACGAGCUGAGCGGCGAGCAGCUCGACAAGUGGACCGACGUGAUAAAGAGCAUCGUGGAGCAGUCCAACAUGCUGACGGCGCUCACUGAGGAGGAGCAUGAGGUCGCGGAGCCCAUGGACACCGUGAUCCUCAAGUCGCUCUUCAAAGCGUGCCGCGGUAAGAGCCACGAGGCGGCCGAAUACAAGGACGAGCUGAACCUGGCGCUCGCCUGGAACCAGAUGGACAUCGCCAAGAGCGAGAUCUUCAACGGCAACAUCGCGUGGAAGGCGAAGGACCUGGAGGAGUCGAUGCACGUGGCGCUGGUGAGCGACAAACCCGACUUCGUGAAGCUCUUCGUCGAGAACGGCGUCAACAUCGGCGCCUUCCUCACGGUGAAGCGGCUGCAGCAGCUGUACCGUGCCGCAGCACCCAAGAGCGUCCUGCACAAGCUGCUAAGCGACAAGCUGGCGCGCCGGAAGGAUGAUAAGGGGGGAUCCUUCCUCUUCGGGAAAAACGACGAUGACGACGACGACGAAGACGGCGGCAGCAAUGAAGCCGACGCGGCCGCCACGAUGGCAGAGGACGAGGCCAACGGCGGCCCGCUGAGCGGCAGCAAUCCGGACGUGGUCCGCAAGCCGGGCUUCACGAUGCACGAUGUGUCGCUGGUGCUGCACGACUUCCUGGGCGAUGUGUGCGAGCCGAUCUACCAGGGCUCCACGGAGAAGAGCUCGCUGAAGACCCUGUUCAAGAGCAAGGUGAAGGAAGUGGAGCAGGCUUACAUGGACGAGACCGACUCGCCAACCUAUGAAGAGGAUUCCACGAGGCCAAAGAUGUACCCGUACAGGGACCUCUUCAUCUGGGCCGUGCUCCAGAACCGGAGGCAAAUGGCACUCUAUUUCUGGGAAAUGGGCCAGAACUCGGUGGCGUCCAUGUUGGCCGCCAUGCGCAUCCUCAAGGGACUGUCGCGCCUGGAGGUCGAGGCCGAGGCGGCGCGGGAGAUGAAGGACUUCAUGGUGAUGUGCGAGAACAUGUCUGUCGCCGUGCUCAACGAGUGCUACCGGACGAGCCAGGCGCGCACCUUCAAGCUGCUCGUGCGGCAGAGCCCAUCCUGGGGCAACGCCACGUGCCUGCAGCUCGCCUCCGAGGCCAACGCCGAGGCCUUCUUUAGCCACAGCGCCGCGCAGGACCUCCUCAACGACAUCUGGUGGGGAGACAUGUCCAACGAGACUGACAUCUGGAAGAUUUUCGCCGUGUUCUUCUGUCCUCCGCUGCUCUACUGCAACCUCAUCGAGUUCAGCGAGCUCAGCAUACAGAAGCCGUCGGCGUUGGAGAUGGACAGCGUCCCAGACGGGGAGAACCCCAUGCUGAGCCUGCUGCAGAAACUGGACGAAAAGGACAUCGAGGGAGUGACCACGUCGGUGAGGGAGCGCUACACCUGCAGCCGCCGCUGGACGCGCUUCUGGGGGGCGCCCAUCAUCGUGUUCCUCGGCAACGUCGUCACCUACUUCAUGUUCCUCUUCCUCUUCGCGUACGUGCUGCUCGUCGACUUCCGCCCCCCGCCCGUAGGCCCGCGGGGGCCCGAGAUCUUCCUCUACUUCUGGGUCUUCACGCUCGUGUGCGAGGAGAUACGCCAGAGCUUCCACAAGGUCGGCAACAUCUCGCUCGUGCACUCGCUCAAGCAGUACAUCGAAGACUUCUGGAACAAGUGUGACAUCAUCGCCAUUUCCCUCUUCAUCCUUGGCCUCAUAUUGCGGAUGUUCCCGUCCCGGUUUAACGAUGGCCGAGUCGUCUUCUGCCUCGACUACAUGGUGUUCGCCAUGAGGCUCAUCCACAUAUUCGCCGUUCAUAAGCAGCUGGGACCCAAGAUCAUCAUCGUGGGGGGCAUGAUCAAGGACGUGUUUUUCUUCCUCUUCAUCCUGGGCAUCUGGCUGAUCGCGUACGGCGUGGCCACCGAGGGCCUGCUGCACCCCGACGACACGCGCCUCGACUGGACCUUCCGCCGCGUCCUCUACCGCCCAUACCUGCAGAUCUUCGGGCAGAUCCCGCUCGACGAGAUGGACGCCGUGAAGAUCUUGAACUGCACGGACGACUCGAUGGAAGGCAUGAUGGGGAGCAACGCGGCGUGCCCCAACACCUACGCCAACUGGAUCGUCAUCCUCCUCCUCGUCAUCUUUCUGCUCGUCACCAACGUCCUGCUGCUCAAUCUGCUCAUCGCCAUGUUUAGUUACACCUUCUCACAGGUGCAGGGGAACAGCGACAAGAUCUGGCGCUUCCAGAGGUACAACCUGAUCGUGGAGUACCACGACCGGCCCUCCCUCGCGCCGCCCUUCAUCAUCAUCAGCCACAUCAAGCACCUCGUGCGCAAGUUCGUCUUCAAAGCCACUGCCGAGAAGCACAAGCACUUCAUGCAGUCGCUGCAGGAGGACGUGGACCAGCGACUCAUGGUGUGGGAGGGCAUCCAGAAGGUCAACUACCUGACCGACACCAUCCUUCAUAAGCGCGACUGCAGCGAGGAGCGCCUCAAGAGGACGUCGAAGAAGCUGGACAUGGUGCUCAAGCUGGCACAGGACAUCCAGGUCCAGGAGCGGAGACUCAACAGCCUUGACGCCCAGUACGAGCAGAUGAGAUACUGCGCCAAGGCGCUGUCAUGGCUCAUCGAAGCCCAGAAGGAAACGAACAAAGACUUUACCAUGGUGCCGCCGGUGUGUCCAGACUUGGGCGAGGCGAAGUGAGCACCUUGGCUUGGGGUGAGCGCGCAUCUCCCUCGGCCGGCCCUCGCUGCCGCUGCGCGUACGGUACAUUUCAGGAGCCGUGGAUGACGUCGAUUGCUGUCGACUUCUCUGCGAACAUGCACCCAACGAACUAUCGUCACUCAUUUGUAAAAAAGAAUUGUAAAAAUCGGCUGACGUAAUUGACAUAUAUCCCAUAACGAUGAGCUCCUGCUGACGUUGUGACGCGCGCGCGCUUGCGUGUGCAUCGUGGUGUCUGUGUACGCUGGGGCAUAUGAGAGCUAUCGAAUCGCAAUCGUGCGCAAAUAACCAAAUGUCAACACGUUCGUCAAUAACAUUGCCCUAAAGAGGAUAACACAUAUACAGGAGAGUGGCCGAUGUUUCAGGGAAUGGCCCUUUUUUGUCUUUGCUUGGAAGUAGGACCUUGCUCAAAAUGUCACCUGUUGCAUAUACGGUGAGGGCUAGGUUCUUGAAAUUCUGCUCGAAAGUGGAACUUGCGAAACGUAGAUACUGUACUGUGUCUGACUGAAUAUACGGGACCAAAUGAAAAUGUCAAUUCCUCCGCUUAGACCCCGUAAGUUAAAUAAAAAAAACAACACAAAUAAGGCAAGAAUAGCACUAAAAUGCAAUGGCAUUAGAGGUGUUAAAGCAUCGGUGUGCUGACUCGGGCAUACGAGCUACAACCUGCUUACCGCGAAGGGUGGUUCAGAUGUCUUGUGACCCCCAUUUAAUUCUCUAAAACGUAAUAUUUUUUGCAAGGCUUAUUUGAAACGUGAAUGACUAUGCAAAGGGGAAAAAAUGUUAGAGGUCAAUUAAUUGGCUUGGUCACAAGACAUCUGGGCUACCACCCUGUUCAGUGCACAAGUACAGUACCCCUCCCCUAUAGUGCGAUGUUGCCAAAUUGCAAAUAUCUGAGGGAAAAGGAUGUGAAAGUUGACCUGGUAUACAAAUGUUUCAUUGCAAAUAGUCGAAUUUCAGGAGAGAAAAAUUUGCGAAGGAAGAGGUUUGCCUGUACCUCCAUCUUCCGGGCAGUAUUACUGACGGACAUGUUGAGUUUUUGUUAUGUCGAUCUAGGCCUCGGCAAGGUAAGGCAAUUUACCCUUUUUACCGGGCAAAAGGGUAAAGGUGUCGACAUGCCCAAGGGGUAAGGUAAAGGGUCGGGUAAAGGUAGCGCGGAAGAAUAAUCCGGUAAAUACCUUGUAUACCGCUCGCUAAAAGCUCCGUGGCGCAGUCCGUGGCCUCCAUUUAAAAUUGGAAUCAUCGAGAGUAUUCUAUAUGAAUAAAGCGCUCUACCUAGCAUUGACCUGUUACAAACCUUUUACAUGUGUAGUAGUACCCCAGUAAUUACCCUGUAAUCGGGUAAGGGUAAAAAGUAGGAUAAAGGUAGGCUCGCUGUUUUUACCUUUUACCUUACCUUGCCGAGGCCUAUGUCGAUCGUAAAUGAUCGUCGGAUGUGAAAUGUUCAAUGUGACAAUCAUAAGGUAAUAUUAGUUACUUAAGAGGUGUGGGGUAUAUAAAUAUAUAAUGUUUUGGAAUGCGUUUCAUAAUUUGUGUUGGAGCUGUGGCCCAAGGAAGCUGACAACGAGUAGACCAGGGGUGGUCGAACCGCUGCUCGUGAGCAGCGUGCGGCCCUCAAGGGCUUUCUUCGGUGGUGUUUGAAACAGGAAUUCUGCGGAAUCCGGAGGGGCCCUGGGACACUGACAUUUGGCAGCAGAGCCAGGCGAUGAGUACUCCUGGGGCGCUCCCGCAGAUUUCUCAAUUAAAAAACUAAACUGUUUUAAACUAAACACUUUUUUUUUUACCAGGUAAGGCCCACUGAGCUAUGUAGCUCUUUUUCAGAAGCGAUCUGGCUAUCGCAAAUUAUAGCUCAACGAAGUGGCUUAUCGCGUAGAAUUGUAUAGUAGCCAAAUACUCUAAAUGCAUGGCGACGUUGAUUCUAAAUGUGGAGGGAAAAAACGAAGGACCAGGAGAAAAAUCCACACCACCACGGGGAGAGAGGCACGCAAACUCCAAAUAUACAGCAGGCGUUAGGGUCAGGAUCGAACCCACAACCUCCUGCAUACCAGGCGAGGCAGUUGGCAUCUCGCCACAGUGGCACCCCUAAAACCCGGUCCGAUCAAACCGUAACCACCGCAUUGUGAUCCCGCUCAGAGUCUUUGUGGCUCUUAGGCCGUACGGAGAUUGUGGCAGCAAGUUUGGCCACCCCUGUAAUAGACUCUGAAUCUCAUUCAAAUGAAUGUACAACUUACCUAAUGAUAUGUUUGUACUUGUACAGCCUCAGGAUAAUUUUAUGGGUAGGGGUUAAGUGCCAGAAACGUUGCUCUUUCCGUCGGGUUUCCAAUCAUCAUUAGUUUCGUUCCUGUACCAUUGCAUGGGUGGCUCAGGGAUGAGAGUGCCGAGUUGGUACCCUCGACAUAUCCUGGGUUACAGUUCAGGUUUUUAGCUGCCAGUGAUUAAACCGAGUUCGAAAAUCUAGCUAAGCGAAUUAUCUCAGCCGAGUCACCAAUGACUGCACACAUUUGGUUGGGGGUGUGUUUUUUUCUCUUUCAAUAAUUUCGGGAAACAUUUUAAACUUUGUGAUUUUUUUACUUUCUUUGUUCCGACAACCGUACAAUAAAUAUCUCUACAGCAGGACACGUGGGUAAGUGGAGCGUACCUCCAGUGUGGAUAAGAGGUCACGUGCAGGCAUAUCAGAAGCGGUUCUGUGACAGCACCUUCUGCGGGAUCAUUCUCAAGCACGUGGGGAUGACCCGUUUUUGUUUUUUGGUAUGGUGCCCUACUCUGCAAGGGUUCCGAAUGGACGUUUUGCUGACGUUGACUCCAAGGGCGCAAUUGGAAUCGAAAUUUGGUUAACGCGAAUUGUAUUUUUGUAAACUUAUUUCUUUUAACCUGUGUGUCUCACGGUGACCACGUGGUAGUGCACGUGUGCGAUGUGCAGUGCAGAGACUGUGCCUCUUGCCUCGAGAAGUGGGAGAUUACGAUGUCCCCGAGUCCACGUGCAGAGCCAGAAGUCGACAACAUGCAAAGUGGCAAGCCGAAGACCAAAAUGCAGAUUGCGUUCCCGCGCAUACCAUCAAAUCACUCACACCCAGCCCCAGAGUGCACUUCUCAGAAGCUAAGCGGAGUCGAGCCUGGCCGGUGCUUUGACGCGCAUUCACAUUUGGGUUGCUUUCUCCAUAGGGAGGGCUUCACCAGACCCUGUCUGUCUGGCAGUGACCAAGUCACCACCGGGAACGAUUCGCCAGUUAGCCGCUGCUGUCACGUGUGUUUAGGAGUGUUUUCUUAUUUGAAUUGUGCAGAAAAAAAUAACAAAUCGACUUCAUUUUCACGUCACGAUUGCCUUAGAUUUGUCGAACCUUUCGUCACGCGCUCGACUCUUACUGUCUUCACGUGCUGUGGUUGCUGAGGCGUGGAUAGAAAUGUACGAUUAAGAAAAAAAUACAAUUUUUACAAACCA